UUGGGUAUUGUUUUGAGAAGAAGCAGUCAUCGCCUCUGGUUUGAAACUGUUUUUUUUUUCCUAGACAGAACACUCAAAAACUAGUAAUCCUCGCAUUACUCUCUCCGCUUUCUUUUCCGUAACACACAUAUGCAACAUAUAUCUUCGAAACACACAUACAUUUUUGUGUGUAAUUCAUCAAACGAAUUUUUGUGUGUUGUAGGUAAGUAAAUGCAUCAGAAAAAAUCAGAAGUUCAGAUCGGAAAAGAAAGCAGUUGCAUCUCUUCCGAUUUCAAUCCUACACCGCCCCUUGUUUCUUCUUCUUCUUUAUCUGUUCAUCAGAAACAUACUUUGAUUUCUCCUCAACAUACUGCUAUUCAGAUUUAUGUAGAAAAUGAUAAUGACCCAAUUCAACCUCAUACCCCAACCAAAACCACCCCACAUAAGAGACCUCAUUUGGGUUCUAAAUCUGUCUUCAAAUCUCCAUCUUUAUCUACUUCUCUUCAUAAAUUCCCUUUAAAGCCUCAAAACCCAUAUAACAAUUUCCAUAUAUAUCCUUGUCUUUGUCAUCUUCGUCGAAUUUUCCGUCUCCAUAUACGCCUUAUACUCCUUCUUUCUCUACCCUUUUUCUAUUUCUUAGUUUCCCAUCCAACCAAUUCUUUCUUUUUAGAUUUUCUUUCUGCUUUUGCAUUUUCCUCAGCCCUUUUGUUUUCACUAAAUUUAGCACUCCCCAGACUUCCCUCAAUUCGCUUAUUCCUUUCUAGGUCUUUGCCAAUUAAACUUUCUUCCUCCAAACAAGUUUCUAGGAAUGCUUUGCCUGUCUUUUGGUCAAUUGGGUCACGAGCAAAAAUUGAUAAAACCGUGAAUUCAGGUUGUUAUGUUCAGGCUUAUAGUAAUGGGGAUGUCUAUGAAGGGGAGUUUCAUAAGGGCAAAUGUAGUGGAAGUGGAGUUUAUUACUAUUAUAUGAGUGGCAGGUUUGAAGGGGAUUGGGUUGAUGGCAAGUAUGAUGGGUAUGGAGUCGAAACAUGGGCAAGGGGGAGCAGAUAUAGGGGCCAAUACAGGCAAGGUCUUAGGCAUGGAUUUGGGGUUUAUAGGUUCUUUACAGGUGAUGUAUAUGCUGGGGAAUGGUCUAAUGGACAAAGUCACGGCUGUGGAGUUCAUACUUGUGAGGAUGGGAGCAGGUAUGUAGGUGAAUUCAAGUGGGGAGUUAAGCAUGGCCUUGGACACUACCACUUCAGGAAUGGAGAUAAUUAUGCUGGGGAAUAUUUUGCUGAUAAGAUGCAUGGUUUCGGAGUAUAUGUUUUUGCAAAUGGGCAUCGGUAUGAAGGAGCCUGGCAUGAGGGAAGGAGACAAGGGCUUGGGAUGUAUACUUUUAGAAACGGGGAAACCCAGUCUGGUCAUUGGCAAAAUGGGGUCCUUGACAUUCCAAGCACACAGAACAACUCCUAUCCUGUAUCUCCUGUUGCUGUUUACCAUUCCAAAGUGCUAAAUGCUGUACAGGAAGCACGUCGAGCAGCAGAAAGGGCCUAUGAUGUGGCUAAGGUUGAUGAGAGAGUGAACAGGGCAGUUUCAGCAGCCAACAAAGCAGCCAAUGCAGCUAGAGUAGCUGCAGUGAAAGCUGUGCAAAAGCAGAUGCAUCAUCAUCGCAGGAAUAGUGAUGACCUUGCAAUGUUCAACUGAUGGACUUGUUUCAAUUCAAGCCAUAAAGUGUUCAUCCUUUUUCACAGACAGCUGCAAAGGGGAUUAGUCCUUAAAUUAUUGUUCUCCGUUCAAUCACUUUUGUGAUUUCCCUAUCAUGCCCCAUGCAGAAGCUAGUUGUAUUGUCUCUUGGAUUUUUGCCUUGUCUAAGUUGUGCAUUCUCCAAGCUGCUGCAUUACGGUUCAACCCCUUGCUAAGAAAGUGGAUGACAUUACCUGCCGGCAUACCUUUUUCAUUCAUAUGUUUUGUAAAUUCAGCUAAGUUGUAGAAUAUGAGGUUUUGCUGUCCAGAGAGAACCUCAACCCUAGCAGUCUUCUCAUGUGUACUAGCACUGUUGAGAAUCAGUUGAAGUCAUAAAAGGAAAUAGAAAGCCUCGUCUUUAUUUUGUCUGACUAAAGUUAUAUAGCUGUAUAAUUGCUUGCUUAUGUUUGGAUGAGUCUUCUUUGGGUGUGGGUUGAGGAUUUAAACAUACUCAAAUCGUACUUUUUGUUUUCUAACAUAUGAUUUGACAGU